CUUCUAACCAAACUGCAACGACUCACGGCUAACAAAAUCUAACCUAUGAGCUCUUAAGUAGAAAAAGAAAAAAAAUCUAAUUAACUACUUUUUCAUAACAGUCGCAUGGCUUUGCCAAACCAUUUCCAUCACCAUUUAUUAAAAAUUUUAGAAUAAAACAACGAUUAUAACGUCACAAUGAUUGUUGAUUUGUUGUGAUGGUUUCAAUAUAUGCGAGCAUAUGCAACCCAUAUUCUGGAGCUUCCCUCGAGUCUUAUCCUAUUGCUUUUUCCACAUUGGACUUUCAACAAACAUCUUGUAGGCGUUUCUUCUGUUCGGAUGGCACUUCCUCACCUGGCAUCCCCUUCGUUCCUCUCCCCUUUACUUUCCUCUCGAAAACCUUCGGUCAUCUCCGCCGCGUCGCCAUCGCUUCCCGUCUUCCCUCAAAUCCUAACGUCGAAAACCCCCAUGAUUUCCAUCUCUUCACCUGGGAGCCGCCAUCACUGCAACCUGCCACCUCUCCGGUUCUGCACCACCCCUGAGUCUUCCUCCACAGUAGAGAACCCUCCUUCAUCCAGGAUCUUCAUCAGAGGAUUAUCAUGCACAACAUCUGAGGGAUAUUUGGCAAAGAUCUUUUCAUGCUUCGGAGAAGUUAGCAGAGUUAAAAUUGUUACAAGCAAAACAUCCAAGGAGUCCUUGGGAUUGGCGUAUAUUUGGUUUGCUUGUGAGCAAGAUGCACAACAGGCUGUAAAAGAGAUGGAUGGCAAGUUUGUUGAUGGCAGAUUUAUUGCGGUUAUGAUGGCGAAGCCUGAAUCCCGUUCCAAGCAAGUGAGAGCCAUACCUUACCGAUUCUGACUCAAGUAUUCUACAUUUGUGCUAACUUCAGUUUAAACACAUCAUAGGCUUCAUUUUAUAUAAACAAACUUGAAAGAUUGAGAGGUUGCAGAAAGUUUGUUCCUUGUGACUAUGUAAUGUAAGAUUAGCUGUCUCAGUUUCCGAUGUAUAGCAUAUCAUAUUUGAAAAAGAUGGUGAUUAUAUGUACAAAAUGUUUGUCUGAAAAUCUGUAAGCGUGCUUACUUUCAAGCUUAACUGAGACAUGUGCUUGUUAAUGGAGACUUGAAAAGGUUUUAGCACAGCCUUUUUGCU